AUGAGGUGCGCAGGUGUUUUCCUGGCGCUUCUGCUCUCCCUGUCCGCGCUAUCUGCCUCCACUGCCGAAGCACACAAGGACCGAUUGGACGACGCCCCGGUAUUGUCAACCGCCGGUCGGAAAUGGUUGAGAGGACGCAAGACAAUGGCAGAUGCCCGGAAGGAUGAGGUGGUGGAACAAGGGAAGGGAGCCAAGAGCACAGGUGCAAACACUGCCCAUGUCCAUGGAGCGGAGAAAACUGUAGAGGUUACCGUUGUCGGGUUGGGUGGAGCAAGUCAGGAAGCAGAUGCACCUGCUGAAGCUGUACAUGAAACGGGUAAAAGGAGUAGGAAGGGCUCGGUAACCCAUGCCACGAUCCAAGCAUCAAAGCAUGGCGGUGUCGGCACGGAUUAUGCAUCGGCACCUGAGAUCCUCGGCAUGGACUACAACUACAACCUGAAUCCACGUCGCCACCGCCCGAUCAACAACGACGCUCCGCUGGCACUGGGUGAGCUCGCCGCCAAGACACCUUAG